AUGGUCGUUCUCCAUACCAGAUCUGGUGUUGUAGUAAGGGCUUCGUCUCUGCCACCGCUUCCAACACCUCCAGUAAGUACUGUGAUAUACGCAAUUAGAAAAAUUUAAAAUUUUUGUAUUCUUGGUAAAAAAAAAGCGAUAGCACAAUAAAAACAAUUCUCAGUAGAAGCAAUGUAUAACAUAUUGUUUUAGAUAUCUCGAUCUGUAACCAAUGCCCAUCUCAGCUCCAGUUCCUUGUACACGCCGUACUGGCCGUCUAGUGUAGCACAAGACCCGGUACUGAACCCAACGUACCCGUACAGAUAUACAGGGUCUUUCACUUUGGUAAGUCACCAUAAACAUUUACAUUGUUGUUGAAGACAGUAUACUUAAGGUCAGGUUGAACUUAUGCUUUUACAAUACAUUCUUUUACUUACUACUAUCAUUGUUACAGUACGACAACUACUACUCCCCAUACCGUCACUACGUACCUGACCAUUACCCCAAGAGAUACUACCACAGCGAUCCUUAUCAGUGGACUUCUGUUUACUCGUUUUACCCCAGGAACAAGUCGUACUGGUAGGUUGAAGCAACUAUUUUGUACUAUUAUGUUGUUAUUGUAAAAAUUAUAAUUUACAAAGAUUUACAAUAUCAAAAGUAAAUUUAAAUAAUGUUUGUAACAUUGUAUACGAGGUGUCACUUUAACAUCAUAUGUCUAAUACUACUACAAUGACAUUCCAGGUUCGACAACGACUUCUACGGGUACCCGUACUACCACCGCUCCAGAAGCAACGACCCGUACUUCUCCAAGUACUACGCUCAGCCAGUCUAUACUCCACUCCGUUCUUAUGUUUAUUGA